UGUCAAUUGGCUUUGCCAAGGCCAUCUUUAGUUAUAGCAAUACUCUCCAAAUAGGUGAAGCAAGCAGCGGAGCUCUGCUUUCUAAACACUCUAGAGGCAGAUUUUGGGUGAGCUAAAGAUGAAGUUUGGGAAGGAAUUGUUGUCCCAAAUGGUGCCAGAAUGGGAAGAAGCAUAUUUGGAUUACAGUCAACUGAAAACAGUGUUGAAAGAGGUCAGCCGGGUGAGAGAGGCAGAGAGAUCGGAGGGGCCAAGCAAGUUGAAGAGGAGAAGGUCUCUGUACAGAGCAUUCAGUGGGCUAACAGGGGGCAGGAAUGCUCCAAGGAAGCAGGAGGAUGCAGCAAUACGUACAAAUAUAGUUCAGAGAGGGCCUGAAGAGUGCUACCAGAGCAUGUUGUUUGCGUCGUCAUUGGAGCAAGGGGGCGAAAAUGAGGAGGCGUUCUUUAGGAUGCUUGAUGAUGAGUUCAACAAAGUGGUGGGGUUUUUCAACAAGGAGGUGGCGGAACUGAUGCUGGCGGCGGAGGAGUUGAGCAAACAGAUGGAUAUCUUGAUUGCUCUGCGGAUUAAGGUGGAAAAGCCAGAUGUUGCCUUUGAGGAUUCUGAUGAACAUGUCAAUGCCAGAACUCGACGAGGACGGUCACGCUUGGAGGUAACUCAAGAAGUGGAGAUGGCUGAGGAAGCACGUUUGGAAGAUAAGGAAACAAAUGAAGCAAAAGGUUAUCGCAGGAAGGCUCAUCAUACCAUUCGAGGACUCAAACCAACUUCAUUAGAAUUGUUGCCCCAAAUACGGAUUAGUGUCCCUCCUGAAACACCAAUAUCGACUCUAAAAUGCAUGCUCACGAGUUCCAAAUCAGAAUUGUCGUAUAAUAAGACAGAGCUGAGGAAGGCAGAAGAAUUGAUGACUCGGGCUUUCAUCGAAUUCUACCAAAAGCUUCAACUUCUACUAGGCUAUAGCUUCUUGAAUAAAUUGGCUGUUUGGAAGAUCAUGAAGAAGUAUGAUAAGAUUACAUCACGUAAAGCAUCGAAGGCCUACUUAGAAAUGGUGGAAAAGUCUCCUAUUGGCAGCACAGUUGAGGUCACAAAGCUGAUUGAAAGAGUGGAGGCUGUUUUCAUUAAGCACUUUGCAAACGGGAACCGUAGAAGAGGGAUGGACAUUUUGAGAAGAAAAAUCAGAAGGGAAAGACAUGAAAUUACAUUUUUCUCCGGUUUGCUCUUUGGCUGCUCGAUUGCACUUAUGGUGGCCAUCGGCGUGAUCAUACACCUAAGAAACAUCUUUAGGAGUGAAGGGCGGGGACGGUACAUGGAUAACAUAUUCCCUCUCUAUAGCUUUUUCGGAUUCAUCAUCUUGCACAUGUUGAUGUACUCUGCAAAUAUAUACUUUUGGAAGCGUUACCGUGUAAAUUACACAUUUGGCUUCAAGCAAGGAACGGAGUUGGGUCACCGAGAGGUCUUUUCUCUGAGUUCAGGUCUUGCAGUGCUCACAUUGGUUUGUGUUCUCUCCAAUUUGGACAUGGAGAUGGACCCAAAAACCAUAAGCUUUGCAGCCAUAACUGAAUCAGUCCCUCUGAUCCUACUCACUGCACUUCUUUUUAUACUAUUUUGUCCUUCCAACAUCAUAUUCCGUUCCAGCCGCUUCUUCUUCAUUCGUAGCGCAUUUCAUUUGGUCUGUGCUCCAUUCUACAAGGUUACCCUCCAAGAUUUCUUCUUGGCAGAUCAGCUCACUAGCCAGGUACAAGCCUUCAGAAGUCUAGAAUUCUACGUCUGCUACUACGGGUGGGGCGACUUUAUACGAAGAUCGAAUAGGUGCUACGAGAGCAAAAUUUUUGAAGCUUUUUACUUUGUUGUUGCAAUUAUUCCAUAUUGGAUUCGUACUCUUCAGUGUGUUCGACGAUUGGUCGAAGAGAAAGACUUGGAGCAUGUAUUUAAUGGACUGAAAUACUUCUCAACUAUUAUUGCAAUUGCAAUGAGAACAGGCCAUGAUUUGAAUAUAGUGAUUUGGAGAAUCUUGGCUGCAGUUAGUUCUGCUGUUGCAACAAUUUCAGGCACAUAUUGGGACAUAGUCAAAGAUUGGGGUCUUCUACAACGGAACUCCAAAAAUCCAUGGUUGAGAGACAAACUAUUGAUAUCCAACAAAAGUGUUUACUCUGCAGCAAUUGGACUGAAUAUCUUGCUGAGACUUGCUUGGAUGCAGUCAGUGUUAAAUUUUAGGGAAGCUCCAUUCGUUCAUAGACAAGCCUUAAUUGCCAUUGUUGCCGCGUUGGAAAUUAUUCGACGAGGAAUAUGGAAUUUCUUCGGGAUGGAGAAUGAGCACCUAAACAAUGUGGGGAAGUUCAGGGCAUUCAACUCUGUGCCUCUUCCUUUCGAAUAUGACAACGACGAGAUGAGAACUCGGCUAUGAUUAUGAACUCGGCUUGGUUUUCUUUUCUUUUAGUUGUUGUCCCUUUGGUGUGCCAUAAAGUGAAAGAGAGAAAAAAGAGGUUACACAGAGUAUCUAUAAGAGGGAAAAAGAAAUAAAGGCAUUCAGAUGUAAUUUCUUCAGAACAA